GAGGUUCCAAUUUUGUAAGACAGAAAAUUACACGUCGGAUCGAUGAGCUUGAAACCAACAGAGCCAGAGACAUAAUUAGAUUAUUGACAUUGCAACGAUGAAGGAUAUCUGUAUAUUUGUCCGAUAGCUGAUUAAGAUUCUAGAGGUCGUUGAAAAGCUGAAGCGAGGUUGGAGUAUUUAUUUUGGACCUCACUCGAUUAUCAUCAUCGACUCGCUACAGACUCAAGCGUGAUCAGAUUUCUAACGGAAACCUACCCGGAGAGCUCGGCCUAGAAGGCGGGAGAGGUACGCUGCUCAUUCCGCUGUCGAAGGCCGCCAGCCAGCUCCAGGGCACUCGCAUUAAAUGUCCCUGACUGAGUCCGACUCAUGAACUCUACUUCUCAGUGUGUGGAAAGUUAUAUUAUUUUUCUGGUUUCACUAUUAGAAUAGGCUUGACCAAUAGAAGGCAUCAUCAUGCUGCCAUUCACAAACAAAGCAACGAUAGGAGAUUAUGAUAACAACAAAGCCAGGAGAACACAGUCUUGCUGGAGGAUAUGGAGGAGGUUAUCUCGUCUCCAGAGGAAGGUUGUCAUGGUGAUACUUCUUAUCGGUGUUCUUGCCAGCUUUGUUGUUUUCAGACAUUUUGUGCUUGAUGAAACCAAGGACAGAGGAUUAGACAACAAUACCCUUGCAAGGAAAGAUUGGCUAGGAAUCGGAGGAGGGGGGCAGGAGGGGCAUGAUCCUGUCAAUGAUGAUUUCAACCCAGGAGUAGGAGAUGAGCUGGAGAAGGACAAAGGUUUCAAGGGUAGGCCAGGGAAGAGGGGUCCACCCAAAUUGGGAGGCCAGCCAAUCAGAGAUCGGGAUACAGAUGAUGGAGACCCCGCAGAGAUGAACCAACCAAUCAGAGACGAGGACACAGAUAUUGCAGACGGAGAGAGGGUCUUGCCCCAUCUCGGUAUCCAAGUCCCACCGGACGUAGUCAAGGAAGGGGUGAGGAAUAAUGAGGAUGAUGUGUACAUAGCAGACAACAUCAGCGAUGACAACAAUGAUGAUGGAGAAGAAUAUGAUAUAGAUCGUUCGGACGUGGGCGCCGCCGAGGGUGCCCUAGGGGAGAAUGAUGAGAAAGAAGUAGUGAUACCUUUUCCAGACAAUGAGGAAAGAAACCUUGGCAAUAAUGAUCCUCAUUCAAUGUAUGGUGCAAAGAAUGAUCGUCAGCGUGCCGUGGUGGAUGCCUUCAAACAUGCCUGGAAAGCUUACAAGGCUCAUGCUUGGGGGCAUGAUGAACUCAAACCAAUCAGCAAAAAAUGGAGUGAAUGGUUCACUCUUAGCUUGACCAUGGUGGACAGUCUGGAUACAAUGGUCAUCAUGGGUUUGACCGAUGAGUUUCAAGAGGCUAGGGAUCAUAUAGCACAGAUGAGCGUAACUCCUAACAAAGAUGUUAAUUUAUUUGAGACAACAAUCCGAGUUUUAGGGAGCUUUCUCAGUACCUACCAUCUCACUGGUGAUGAUAUGUUUCUUCAAAAAGCUGUAGGACUAGGCGACAGCCUGCUGCGUUGUUUCCAGAGUAAAUCAGCUGUACCCUUCUCAGAUGUCAACUUGCAUACAGGUAAUGCACACGCACCGCGAUGGGGACCUGACAGCUCCGUCUCUGAAGUCAGUACUAUUCAACUUGAGUUCCGUGAUCUCUCAUUUACUACUGGUGAUCCAAAGUACAAGCAAGCUGUUGAUAAGGUAAUGAUGCACCUACACAAUUUGCCAAAGAAAGAAGGUCUGGUACCAAUCUUUAUAAAUGCCAACUCUGGUCAAUUCCGGCCCAACUCUAUCUUGACCCUGGGUGCACGAGCUGAUAGCUACUAUGAAUAUUUACUCAAACAGUGGUUACAGACGAGCAAAUCAGAAAAAAUAUUCCUUGAUGAGUACUCGGCAGCAGUAGAAGGUAUCAAGAAGAAACUCUUGGGACAAUCAGAACCCAACAAACUGACAUUCAUCGGAGAGCUUCAUAGAGAUUCAUUUACUCCUAAGAUGGACGAGCUGGCCUGCUUCUUUCCUGGUACACUAGCCCUUGGUCAUUUCAACGGGCUACCAGAGUCUCACCUGGAGCUAGCCCAAGAGGUUGCCCAUACCUGCUUCCAGAUGUAUGCUCAGAUGCCCACCUUCCUGGCACCCGAGAUCACCUACUUUAAUACUUUGCCUGGGGUCAAAGAGGAUCUUAUCAUCAAGCCUGCAGACACACACAACCUGCUCAGACCAGAGACCAUCGAGAGCUUCUUCUACCUCUACCGCAUCACGGGACAAAACUUCUACAGGGAGUGGGCCUGGAAAAUCUUCCAAGCCUUUGAGAAGUACACCAAGAUACCAGGCGGUGGCUACUCGUCCAUCGGUAAUGUCAAAAACCCUGAUAACGUCAACAUGAGGGAUAAAAUGGAGAGCUUCUUUUUAGGUGAAACGUUAAAGUAUUUAUUCCUUAUAUUCAGCGAUGACCCGAACUUAAUACCGCUAGAUAAAUAUGUAUUCAACACUGAGGCUCAUCCGCUACCGGUGAGAGAUGGUCGAGGUAAUCAAGUGCAAUAAUUGUAGUAUGAAUGAAAUUAUGUUGGUAAGAAGAUUUUGAAGCCUUAUUUGCUCAUGUCAUGGUAUGAUGGUGAUGUCUAAUCAAGGGCUGGUAUCACAAAGAGUAUCACAAACGCAACUCCAGAAUUCCAAGUGUACUUGAUUUUCAACCAAUCAAAAUCAUGCAUUUGGGAGUUGCGUUUGGUUUUGUUUUAGUCAAGAUCAAACUCUGUGCAAUAAGCCUAUCAAAUGCCAUGACAGGGAAUCGGACAUGUGAUGAUUUCCAUUAUGAGCUCCACCGCCGGCAAAGUGCAUCCAGGCAAUCUUUCGUAAAUUGUUUUAAUAUAAACUGGGUUCCAAAAGAAACUGCUUAAAGUUUGCAAGGGCAUUGCACAAAUUUAAAAUUUUGAUGUUAAUUUCCUGUAGCUACUACACAUGCCUGUGAAGGACAUGUGUAAUAAACUUGGAAGUUUGUUUAAUCUCAUCUCAUUUUCAUUGGCCUUUCUUUUGCUUUUUUUUUCCUUUGGAUUUUGAAACCAAUUCAUGUGAGGGCUAUCUAUCUCUUAAUUGUUAACAUGUGCUUGGUAACGAUUAUUGAAGCUAGCCUGUGAAGAAAUAUUGUUCAUUUUGACUGAGAGGAAUUUAUACAGUGCCCUUGUAAAGUUUCAUCAGUUUCUUCUGGAACCCAAUUUAUAUCACAUCACAACUAUGGUGAUAAUCUACUGAAAUCAUGAAAGCUGAUUGGCUGACAGAUGUUUUGCCACAUAAAUGGUGAUUUUUGCCCAAUUAUUCUGCUCGCUGGUCGACAUCAGCAAAUUGGUGCAAUCAUUUCAGCAAUGCACAAGCCAUAGUUUCUGUCAAACUUACCAAAUUUAUGAAAGGAUAUGAGGCUCUUAGUGCAUAUGGUACCUGACUGUGCUAUGCUAUGCACAAAACUUGUUGUUCAGUGCAUUCUUGCACUAGUGCAGUCAAAUGUGAAUGAGGUUCCACCAAAGUAAUUAGAGAACAAUUUGACAAAUUGAUGCAAAUUUACUAUUGCUUCUUCCUGCUGAUUCAGACAUGUUUGUAUUAAAGGUGAUGAAUUUUGUUUCCAGAUGUAUAAAUUAUUUUGUACGAAUUAUUUAUGAAGAAUAUUUGAUUUGUUGAAUGAAUUAUAUGUUGUAAAUCAUGAAUGAGCUAUAUUAGAAUUGCAAUCUGGCUCAAGGUUAAUUUGUUAUAUUGUUAGUUAUUAUACCCCUCCAAAGGUUUGCAAUUCAGGUUAAGAAAUUAUAUUUCUCUUAUUACUCUAUCAUCACACUUGCUUUCUGUAUGAUUGAAAUUUCUUUUUAUUCCCCUUUACAUUGAUGAUUUGUAAAGAUUGCUUUAUUGUAAAAUGCAUGUUGGAUCUGUAUGUGGGACUAAUGAAAAGAUCAUUGUUGCUAAAAAUGCAUUGGUUUUUGCCGAUUGGGGGAACAUUCGUUUGUUUCAUGAACUUUGCAUAUUGCUUUAGAUUUUGGCUCACGAUCAUAUGCGUGUUCCAUGAUUAUUUAAUUGUUGGGAAUGGAGCAUCAAUGUAAAUUUAAAGGGAAAUAGAUAGGCUUCAAAUCGUGCCAACAUGAUAUUGAAUAGUAAUAUGUAUAUGAGAAAUUGUAUUGCUCAGUCCUGAAAUACAAUACUUUUUGAUGUGGUGUUCAUGUGUCAUACACAAUUAACAAGGAUUUUAGUGUGAACAUCAUUGGAACUGUUGAUUAAAGGGAUCCAUAUCUUUUUCAUAUAAAUUGGUAUCAUAAUACACAAUUUCAAUGGCUGAAUUAGCCAUCAGACAAUGAAUAGCUAGGUUCUGUUGACAGGCUGAUGAUUCAAUAUUGAUAAAUAAGCAUUAUGAAAUGGGGCACUGGUGAUCCCUAUAUCAUGACUAUGAAAUUUUGGGAAUAUUUUAGUCAACUGGUUGACAUUAUGAUGAUUACACAAAUAUCAAGAUGAAUUUUUAUCUGUUUUACUGCAGUGCUUCCAUUAUAGUAAGUUGUGUUUUAUUUACUUAUUGUCAGUUAUCAGAUGUCGAUGCAGUUUAGAGAGACAUGAAACAGAUGAAAUUAACAGUGCUUGGUCAUGUUCAUGGGUAUCUACAUGUACUGACAUCAUGCAAUUAGCGAGAUAUUUAUGAAUAGCAAAGAAAAAAAACAUUUGGAACCGUGUUGUAUGUUUCAAUUCUUAUCAGCAAACUAUAUAUGUAAUGUACUUUAAAUAAAACAUAUGACAAUAUUUGUACAUGAAAUGUUUCAGUCGUUAGCAAGCAGGGCAGGGCCAUGGGGUGGGGGAAGGGGUGUUGACCACCAUCCCCCUAUGGUUUUUCAAUGAGUAAAAAAAGGAGGAAAAAAGCGGGAUGGAUAGGAAGCAAAGAAAGAAGAUUGUUGGUUUAAAAAACGUUUGGAACUGUUUUGUAUGUUUCAGUUCUUAUUAGGAAUAUAUGUUUGCAAUGUACUUUUAAAAAUACAACAAACAUGAAAUGUAAGAGUCAUUCGUAAGCAGUGCAGUGAUAUGGGGGGAUGGGGUUAUUUCACAAACUACCCACCCUUAUUAGUUUUCGAUUAGUAAAGAAAGAGGAGGAAAAAGAAGAGGGAUGAUAAGG